AUGCCACGGCUGCAUCCUGCUGAUUCUGUAGAAUAUGCACACAACGGAAGUGCACCCGGUGAGGAGACGAGUAAUCAGUGCAGUAGCUCAGAUGAAAUGCCAACAAAUUCGAAUGGAGUUCAGGGAACUGACUCAUCACCACAACGUCCUCUUCGCAUCGACGGAGAUGUGAUGGAGUGGGAGUCAAAUCAGCUCAUAUUGUUUCUGAGAGCAACGUUUCCCGAUUUAAGUGAUGUGACAGGCGUGCUUGAGAAAGAGCACAUUGAUGGAGCCCACUUGCUCCUGAUGACGCAGCAGGAUUGCAUAGAUUCUUUGGGUUUGAAUUUGGGUCCUGCGCUACGAUUAUAUGAAGUGAUACAGGCACGUUUCCACGCUUAG